AUUUUAUAUUUCAGCAGACAAUGUUAAGAGUGAAGGAUCCUAAGAAGUCACUGGAUUUUUAUACAAGGGUUCUUGGAAUGACACUGCUUCAAAAAUUUGACUUUCCUACUAUGAAGUUCUCACUCUACUUCAUGGGCUAUGAAGAUAAGAAUGAUAUCCCGAAAGAUAAAACUCAGAGAACAGCUUGGACCUUCUCCAGAAAAGCUACACUUGAACUGACACACAACUGGGGCACUGAAAAUGAUGACAAUCAGUCUUACCACAAUGGCAAUUCAGAUCCCCGAGGAUUUGGACACAUUGGAAUUGCAGUUCCUGAUGUCUAUAAAGCUUGCAAGAGGUUUGAAGAACUAGGAGUGAAAUUUGUGAAGAAACCAGAUGAUGGUAAAAUGAAAGGACUUGCGUUUGUUCAGGAUCCUGAUGGCUACUGGAUUGAAAUUUUGAAUCCUAACCACAUGGUGACUCUCACUUAGUUCUUAUGAAGUAUAUUAUACAAGAGUUACCCACUUCCAGGGCCCUGGAGAAAAUCUGUAGCAGUGGUUGUGAAAUUCUCACUUAAUAGAGAGGAAUCAUUCAUGUUCAGAGUCUCUAAAACUAUGCCCUGAGACCUCACUGUAAUUGAAUUUCUUUUUUCUUUCCUAUGAUGCCACUGCAAUUUGUUUCCAAUUAGGAACUCAGCCAUUUUCUGGAAGAGUGCUUAUACAAAUUCUGCUGUUGAACAUUGAUUAUGUUAAUAUUUCACUAAACACGGUGAAA